AUGAGUCCCGAUGGAAUUCUUUUGAUAGUCCAUUACCAGAUGAGCAAACAGAUCUACGGAAUACAAAUGACAUCUCUCACAAAAUUCAUUAACGAAGCACCACUUUCCUUCAAAAGCAAAAUACAUCAGGUGAAUUUUCGUCUGUCCUCAAGCUCUUCAAAAAAAAAGCACCUGCUUGUUGCUCAAAGAUGUAAUUUGGUUGAAAAAUAUGCGGAUUGGCAUAAAUUACGAGAUUGUGCGACCUAUAAGUACGCAGUUUUUGUGCAAAAAAAACCUACUUCUCUACCUCUUUCUUUCAGUCAUCUUUUCCCCACUUGGCUCUGCCAUACUCAACCGUAUUGCUAUUUGUAUUUGCUAUCUAAUUCUUGCUCUCCAGCCCCUUUUGCUUCUUCCAUUUUUGCUCCCCAGACUUCUUUUUUAGUAACUGUCCGUUUUGCACCCAUUUGUAUCCUCUUCUAA